GCUUAAUCUUCUUGUUCUGAAAGAAAAAAACCAGACACAACAAUGGUUUGCAAUUUGUGUUCUUCCCUUGUGUCUGUGUUUGCGAUUUUCUUGGUUGCUUCAACCUCGUAUGCAAUCCCAGAAAGUGAAGUGAAAACCAUAUGCAGCCAAACUCAAAACUCUUCGUUUUGUUUGGCUCUUCUCAUGUCAAACCCUAACCCUAAUGCAGGCCUUGUUAACGUAACACAGUACACAAUUGACGUUGCAAGAGCAAAUGUGACGAACACCAUAAAAUUGAUUAAUGAUCUGAUUGGUCAUAGUAAUGGAAGUUCGAAAAGUCACUACACAGAAUGUUUGGAUCAUUUUGGUUCAGAAGGUGCUCUUGGUGACAUUGAUUACACUCAAGAGAUGCUACAGAAAGGAGAUUAUCAAGGUGUGAAUGUGGCUGCUUCUGCAGUAUCAGAUGAUGUUGAAGAUUGCAUUUCAGGAGAGUCACCAAGUGAUUCUCCUUACGAUGAUCCUUCUGAUCUUCCAAAAUAUGCUGCAGUUAUUCAAUCUGUUCUUGGUGUUAUUCUUGUUCUGUCAAAAUAUUUAAGGCACUGAAAUUCUUGUUCUAUCAAAAUGUUUAGGGCACUGAAUUAUUUCAUACUAAUUAAUUCUGCAAAAUGAUUACGAAUAAGUUUUGUUAAGAUUAUGAUGAUGAUUAUUGGCUCUGUUGAUGAUUAGGUUUUGUUGGAA